UGCCGUCCUCCUCAAAUGCUAUUUUUCCGUCUCCAGGAUCUCCACACGCUAACCCCACCCAUGAUGCACCUUCUAUCACCCGCAUGAUCUUGAACAAGUCAGCUCAGCAAAACCCACAAGUAACACUGCUUCUAUCAUGCCAAGAUUAGCCUGAAUUGCUCGUCGUGGAUGUAGAACUCUUGCCUGACCUACUAGCUGAGGUAGUUAGGCAUGAGGCUCUCCGCAUGCGAGUCGGCACCAUGACGCAGUAUAGGCAUUUCCCCAGUGCUAUAAAGUAUGAAGGAUCGCUUAAUGAGCAUCACGUCUCAUCCAUCGCACAGUAAGCCACUUGCCAUGCUGCGUUUUUCCUUCCUCUCGCUCCUCACCGGACUUGCCGCCGCAGAGAGCGGCCUCAAUGCCUGGCUACGAUAUGCACCCUACGCAGGCUCGGUCUUUGACCAAUCUAAGGUGCCUUUGCAUAUUGUAGCAUUGAAUACGUCGACCGCCAGUCCGGUCUACGUGGCUGGACAGGAGCUCCAGACGGGCAUUGAUAGCAUCUUCGGCCAGCAAUGCAACGUCCACCACAGCCACUGGGGCCCCUCCGCAACUAUCGUAGUAGGCACGAUAGAUGAAUAUACCAGCGUCUAUGGCGAGCUUAGCAGCACUCCGGAGCUGAUUGAAGACGGCUUCUGGCUCAACACCACGGGCAACAGUGUUCAGAUUCUAGGCCAAAAUGAGCGCGGAGCUCUCUACGGCGCGUUUGAGUAUCUGUCCAUGCUCGCUCAAGCCAACUUCACGCCUGUCGCCUACGCUGCAAACCCCGCCGCACCGAUCAGAUGGACGAACGAAUGGGACAACCUGGACGGCAGCAUUGAGCGUGGGUUUGCCGGGAACUCGAUCUUCUUUGCUAACGGUGUUAUUGUGAGCAAUCUUACUCGUGCUGCGGAGUAUGCUCGUAUCUUAGCCUCCAUCCGCAUCAACGCAGUGGUUGUUAAUAACGUCAAUGCCAACGCUUCGCUGCUUACGCCUGAUAACAUCGCCGGACUCGGCCGCAUCGCAGACGCUAUGAGACCCUAUGGUGUUCAGGUUGGCAUCUCGCUAUUCUUCGCAUCACCUACGAGCGCUGUCCAAGGCCAGGCCAACCUUACGACAUUCGAUCCGCUUGAUCCCGGGGUUGUGAACUGGUGGACUAACGUCACUAACCAGAUAUAUGCGAAGGUGCCGGAUAUGGCAGGAUACUUGGUGAAGGCGAACUCCGAGGGUCAACCGGGCCCUCUGACCUACAACAGAACCUUGGCAGAAGGUGCAAAUCUGUUCGCUAAAGCUUUGCAGCCGUAUGGCGGCGUGGUGAUGUUCCGCGCAUUCGUCUACAACCUAGUGAAUGAGUCCAUCUGGACGCAAGACCGCGCUGUUGAAGCCGUUCAGUUCUUCCAGCCACUUGACGGACAAUUUGACGAGAACGUUGUCAUUCAGAUAAAGUACGGACCGAUCGACUUUCAAGUGCGAGAGCCAGCCUCACCUCUGUUCGCCAACAUUCCUAAUACCAACACCGCUAUUGAGCUUCAAGUGACGCAAGAGUACCUCGGCCAGCAAUGCCACUUAGUCUACCUCCCACCACUCUGGCAGACAGUCCUCGAUUUCGAUCUCCGAGUGGACAAUAAAACGAGCCUCGUUCGAGACGUAAUCACUGGGCAGCGCUUCAACCGCACCCUUGGCGGCUCGGCAGGUGUCGUCAACGUUGGCUUGAACGAAACGUGGCUAGGCUCGCAUUUAUCGCUCUCCAACCUUUAUGCAUACGGUCGCCUCGCUUGGAACCCUGCCGAUGACCCCACAAGCAUGGUUCAAGAUUGGAUCCGACUAACGUUCGGCCUGGAUCAGUCCGUCAUUGACGCCAUCACCCAGAUGUCUUUGGAGUCAUGGCCAGCCUAUGAGAACUACAGCGGUAAUCUCGGCGAACAGACUUUAACCGACAUCCUUUACACGCAUUAUGGCCCCAAUCCGCAGUCUCAGGAGAACAACGGCUAUGGCCAAUGGACUCGCUCGGAUCACCUCACCGUCGGUAUGGACCGUACUGUCAGCAACGGCACUGGCUUCUCGGGGCAGUACCCACCAGAAGUCUUCCAAAUGUUCGAAAACAUCAGUACAACGCCCGACAAUCUGCUCCUCUGGUUCCAUCACGUCAACUACACCCAGAUGCUGAAGUCAGGAGUGACAGUAAUUCAAGACUUUUAUGAUCAGCACUAUGCUGGUGCUGCUACCGCGCAGACUUUCGUCAGCACCUGGCAAUCAAUUCAAGGGUUGAUCGACGCCGAGCGCUAUUCCGACCAGCUCUUCCGUCUCGUCUACCAAGCUGGUCAUUCGCUGGUUUGGCGCGAUGCAAUUGUGAACUUCUACAACAAUAUCUCCGGCAUCCCGGACGAAGCCGGCCGCGUCGGCAAUCACCCGUACCGCAUCGAAGCGGAAAGCAUGACCUUGUCUGGCUAUCGGUUAUACUAUUACGCGCCCAACAACGCCACGACGCCUUUCGAGACUCUCAGCAACUACACCGCUAUUGUCACUACCAACAACAAGACUACAGGUACCGCGUACACCGCCCUCAACUACCCGACCGGUAGGUAUGAUAUCUCCGUGAACUAUUAUGACCAGUAUGGUGGCGCCUCGAACUUCAGCGUCUACCUCAACAACAAUAUGAUCGGGCAGUGGACCGCCAACCUUCGGCCAUGGAUUGGCAGCGCAGAGGGUCCGAGAGUUUUGGGACAUACUCCAUCAAUCUACAUUGACGGGGAGUCGGCGACGCGCAUUACGUUCAGUAACGUCAGUGUAGCGCAUGGCGAUGUGUUGACCAUCACUGGCAUCCCAGAUGCCAAUGAAUUAGCGCCACUGGACUAUGUGAGCGUCCUACCGCUUGGAUACGCGGAUUGAAGAAGCUAAGACUCAACGCCUAUAACAUUACCAUAAUGCUGUAACGAACAAAGCGACAGAGAAAAUCGCGCAUCGGCGCAUUAUUACUUUGGCAC